UGUUAUCUAGGACAUAACUGCAAUAUUAAAUGCAAAAAUGUCGUUGAAAACUAUCUUUACUUGGAUGUGUUUUUAUUUCAUUGCAUUAUGUGCGAGUAAAGAAGGCUUUGUCAAAAGAGUUUUCAAUGAAAUGAAGUCAUCGUGUCCAGGCUCGGAAACGAAAUAUUUCCAAGUGCCCAGUCAAAUCCAAUGCAUUCAUAGAUGCGUGCGGUAUGAAGGAUGCAGCAAAAUAAACUACAAUGUGGAUGAUGACGUCAAAUAUAACUGUGAAGUACUGAUUGGUGGGGCCUGGUCACCCAAAGAGAGGUCUAAAAGCUGGAGAACGAUGACUGUUAAGAGUGAACUGUUUCUGAAGCCAAAAGUUUAUGGGAGCUGCAAGGAACUCCUCUCAAACAGUAAAGAUGUGGCAUCAGGAGUAUACCAACUUAAAUCGGGACUACAUUUCUGUAACAUGCAUGAAACUCCCGGUUGUGGAGGAGGAGGGUGGACGCUUGCAAUGAAAGUCAAUGGUUCAAAAGGGACAUUCCUCUCAGCUUCGGAUUUCUGGACCAGCAGCACAAAUUUCAACACUGCAAAUGGCAUCAAAUCUUUCUACGAAAAUGAAGCAAAGUUUCCUGCCUUCAGUAAAGUUGCAUUUGAUGAAAUCUGCAUUGGCAUGAAAGUAUCAUCGGACAUAAAAUGGCUUCGUUUACCUAAAAAAAGCUCAUCAUUGCUUGACAUUUUCAAAUCCGGCGGUUAUGUGCCGACGACACUUGGACGAGCUGCAUGGAUGGGAAUAAUUGCUAGCUCGUCGUUGCAAGAUUACUGUAAUCGAGAGGGAUUUAAUGCUCAGAAAGAUGAUGGCACGAUGGUUAUAAGAUUGGGUAUAUUUGCAAACGACAAAGAAAACUGCAAAUCAACAGAGUCUCAUUUGGGCUUGGGAAGUUCUUCAAGUUCUUGCUGCAACAUUGCUUCUUCAAGUUCAGAUUCCAAAAAAGGGAUGGGCUACAUACUUGUCAAGUGACUUGUCCACGCAAAAUGAUUGAACUCCAUCAAUUUCUCUAUGAAAAAUCUUUCUGAUCAUAUGAGAAUAUUAAUGCUUAUAGUAAGCUUAUUUCUACAAUGAAGGUUGUCAUUACACAACCGACUCUCUCUAGCUUCAUGUUCUCUACACGUUGAAUAAAACAAA